AUGGCCAACGUUGGCGUGUACACGCUCCAAGUCACCCAGUCGUGGCGAGGCAAAGACGCUUACGGCAACAUCUUUCCUCUCCACUGGGCUCUGACAAUCAGGACCUCUGGCUCCGACGCCCGUCCCAUCGGCAAGAUCUAUAACGCCGCGGGGAACAUCGACACCUUCUUCUACGAAACCCUCUCUGAUGCGCCUCUCACAAACAGCAAUUGGAGGGGCGAUCUCAAAGUCGGCAAUAUUCCCGCGGAUGCCCUGCCAGCCAUGGAGCGCAUCCUUGAGGGGGAGGUUCCCGUUGUUCGCAACAAUUACAAUUGGAAUUGCCAGAACUGGGUUUGGUCUGCCCUCCGCAGACUCCGACAGAAAGGUUUCAAUAUAUCUCCCACGACAUGGGACUCACUUGUCUCUGACAUGAAUUCACUUUUGGAUGCUUGGGAGUCGGGCGAUAUAUAG